ACUCCGUUCGGCCCAGUUAUGCAGUUGUAUAAAAGCAGCCGUUACAGUUGCGACUGUUCCCAGAACCAUUUCAAACAACAACCAGUGCACAAAUAGAGCGCAAAUAACUUAAAUUCAAAGAGCCAGCAGAAGAAAAGUAGAAAGAAAGCAGCGCAAACUCAGAGGCAAUGAGCAGCGCAAGCAAAACGUUAAAGGGCCCAUGGAUUGGGAUGAGGCACCUGCAGGCGCUGCUGCUUUUUCUUGGCCUCACAGUCAUGCACAUUGCGCGCCUGAAUGUGAGCGUUGCAAUUGUUGCCAUGACAAAUGCGGCAUCUACUAAUCCCAACUUUCCGGAAUACAAUUGGACGGAGCGCCACAAGUCGUAUAUACUGUCCAGUUUUUACUGGGGUUAUAUACUCACCCUAUGCCCGGGAAGCUUUCUGUGUCGUCGUUUUGGCGCAAAAAUUGUACUCUUCAUUGCGAGCUGUGGCACAGCCGUGCUUAGUUUGAUAACACCCUGGUGCAUCUCCUGGGGCGACUGGCAAAUCUUUUGCGCCAUUCGCAUACUGCAGGGCCUCUUCCAAGGCGUCAUCUUUCCCUGCGUCAACGAGCAUCUGGCGAUGUGGUCGCCACCAGAGGAGCGUAAUCGUUUGGGCGCCUUCAGUUACACGGGCUCCGAUUGCGGCACUGUGCUGGCCAUGUUUAUCAGCGGCAUGAUUGCCAAUAGCACAAUGGGUUGGCCAGGCAUCUCGUAUGUGUCUGGCGCCUUGUGUGCCGCCUGGUGUAUUCUGUGGCUCAUCUUUGGUGCGAACAAUGCGCCCAAGUCACGCUUCAUUACCGAGGCUGAGUGCAAAUAUAUUGAAUCGUCGUUGCAGCAUAAUGAGGACUUCCAUGAGCGUAGCAUACCCAUACCAUGGAGGGCCAUUUGCUGCUCUGUGCCAUUCAUGGCGCUGCUCGUUGCCCGCUGCUCUGAGACGUGGGGUCUGAGCACGCUGCAGGCGGAGAUACCAUCCUAUAUGAAUGGUGUGCUCCAAAUGGACAUUCAGAGCAAUGCAGUCUUCUCCUCACUGCCCUUCCUAGCCAUGUGGUUGCUCUCAUACGUAUAUUUGAUUGUAGCAGAUGUACUUCUCAAGCGCAAGUGGUUGUCGCUCACUUCGGUGCGGAAGCUCUUCAAUACGCUCGCUUUUUGGAUACCAGCGGCAGCGUUGGUUGUUAUCGGAUUUCUCGGCCCGGAACAAGCGAAUGUGGCCAUUGUACUGAUGACGGUCAGUGUGGGCGUCAACAGUGGAUCAACUAUUGGCAGCUCCCUAAAUACCAUCGAUCUAUCGCCAAAUCAUGCAGGCAUCAUUAUUGGCUUAAGCAAUACGGUGGCCAAUGUGAUACCCAUUUUAACGCCCCUCAUUGCCGGAGUCAUUGUUGUGGACAAGGUAAGUUCUAGUUAUAAUAAAAUCCAGAUCGAUUUUUACAAUGGAUUAUUAUUGAUUCCUUCACAGCACGAUCGUGGUCAGUGGCAAAUUGUUUUUGGCGUAGCCGCUGUCAUAUUCUUCAUAGGCAACUGUGUAUUUAUAAUUUGGGGUACUGCUCAGGCGCAGCCUUGGGAUGCGGAUGAUUACCUCAAGCCUAAAGACACAGAAGCGUGCAGUGGGGAAAAGCAUGUUGCGCCGGCGGCAGUUGCGCCACCCAUUGAUCCGGUGCUUGAGCGACAAAUUACCUGGCCGGAAAGAUAUACAGUUAAGGCUACAGAUUAAACGCCGUACAUAAUAAUUAAUUUAAUUGAUCAGUAUUAACAAAGAUUGUAUAAUCAAGGGUUGUAAUUUAUUUUAUUUAUGUUUAUAAUUCCAUAAAUAUUUUAAUGCAGUAAAUAAGAUAAUUGUUUCUUUCGUUGCCUUGAA